AUGCAAAUUGUCAUAGAGUUUUCUAAGCUUAUGCAAAAUGAGUUUGAGAUGAGCCUAAUGAGGGAGUUGAAUUACUUCCUAGGUCUUCAAAUCAAGCAACUCGAUGAAGACACAUUUGUUUGUCAAACCAAGUAUUGCAAUGACUUGGUAAAGGGAUUUGGCAUGGAAGAUGCAAAAUCGAUUGACACUCCGAUGCCUACAAAUGGUAACUUGGAAAGGAAUGAAAAUAGUAAGGAUGUUGAUGUGAAAAAGUAUAAAGGUAUUAUUGGUUCUCUUCUAUAUCUCACUGCUUCUAGGUUGUAUAUUAUGUUUAGCAUUUGUUUGUGUGCCUGUUAUCAAUCGGCUCCUAAGGAAUCACAUUUAAAAGUCGUUAAACGUAUUCUUAGGUAUCUUCAUGGUACUUAUAAGUACGAACUUUGGUAUUCCAAGGGAAGUGAUUAUAAUUUGGUUAGUUAUACCGAUUCUGAUUUUUCCGGUUGCAAAUCAGAUAGGAAGAGUACUAGUGUAACUUGCAACAUGUUUUCAAAUUCCUUGAUUAAUUGGCAUAGUAAGAAACAUGUUUUCGUUGCUUAG